GGGGGUUGAAGACCUAGAAGCCGGACUCCGUGACCUAGAUCAGGGGGUGUGUUGGAGGGGAGGCUACGUCAAAGCUGGGUGAGGAACGGGGUAGUCAGGCCCAGGAGGCAGGCGGAAGCCUUAGGGUCCGGAUUGGGGUGAGGGAGCUCAGGAUCUGGGCAAAGAGCUAUCUCCCGGUGUCAAUCUAGUCUUGGGGUGGGUGGACCAGGCUCACGAACCUCUCUUCCCCUCCCCACGCCCGCCUGCUCCCGGUGGUUUAUGCGGGCUGCAGGUGCAGCAUGUCUAGAUUGGGGGCCCUGGGCGGCGCCCGCGCCAAGCUGGGACUGUUGCUGGGCACUGCUGCCGGCCUUGGAUUCCUGUGCGUCCUCUACAGCCAGCGGUGGAAACGGUCCCAGCGCCAUGGCCGGAGCCAGAGCCUGCCCAACGCCUUGGAAUACACGCAGACUUCAGAGCCCAGACGCCAGGUGAUGCAGUUGCGGUCCAUCCCAGGUGAGGCUGGAGAUGCUGCAGUACUGCCCAGCCUUCCACAGGAAGGGCAGGAGAAGGUGCUGGACCGUCUGGACUUUGUGCUAACCACUCUUAUGGCAUUGCGGCGGGAGGUGGAGGAGCUGAGGAGCAGCCUGCAAGGGCUUGCUGGGGAGAUUGUUGGGGAGGUCCGAUCCAACAUGGAAGAGAACCAGAGAGUGGCUCGGCGGCGAAGGUUCCCAUUUCUCCGGGAGAGGAGUGACUCCACUGGCUCCAGCUCUGUCUACUUCACGGCCUCCUCAGGAGCCACGUUCACAGAUGCCGAGAGUGAAGGGGGGUGAGUUGUCUCUCCUGGAGGCAGUUAUGGCUGCAGCCAGGUUGCAUUUUGUAAAAGUAUUAUCAAUGGAAAAUUCAAACCAAACUGCUGUAAAUAACUUUUGGAACAUGGCAAGAGUAUAAAAAAAUAAAAUACAGAGCAGUUGAAA